UAACAAAUAAACAAGUAAACAAACACCUGUGCUAUCAUAAUGUCCGCUGCUAGUAACGUUAACUGUGCCUCUGCGAGUUUGACUUUUUUUUUAAAUUGGGGAAAGUUGUAAGUUCAUGAGACCCUGAGGGUGGAAAUGCACCUUUGAGAGGGGAGGAAAAAAAGUAUUUUAGCAAUUAAUGCUACAUGGUUAUAAAGUAGCUAGUUAGCGAUAGCGGCUAACUAGCUUACAAUUGUAACGUUACCUGUUAAGGAUAUGUUAGCGCCGUGAAAAAGUUUACGUUGUGAAGGGGAAGUUUGAGUGCCGUGAUUUCUUUUGGAGUAAGACCAGGGAAGGAGUUUUUCCCCACGUGUUAGCUGUCCUCCAAACUCACAAGACCGGAGCAAAUGCAUCAGAAGUGGCCGAAACUGAAGUUAUAUUGACCGUAUUGCGGCUUAAAGCUAAUAGGCAGAGUGGUUUUAUUUAGCUGUCCAUCAUUAGCGUUGUUCUUUUUGGUGUGGCUCGCCUGCUUUUAGCGAUAAGGCUUAUACUAAACACCCGUAAAGCCGAUUUUCGCUUCAUAGUUAACUUUUCAUUAACGCGACAGAUUUGUAGAAUUAAAUUUUAAUUAUAGCUUUGAUAACCUGAAACUGUAUUUCAAAGUGUGCUGCGUGUGUUUUUCUAGUUGUGUUGUUGGUUUUGCUCAAAGUUUGCUGCUUUUAUUGAGUCAGAUGUGGCGUGGCGUAAGCAGUUGGGCAUUUUCUUAAAUGUAAAUUGGCUGGAGUUGUAGAUGACUUUGCUAUUACUUGUGAAAAAUGGAGUUUAAUUUUUUGUUAAUUAACAAUUAACAGUUGUUACCACAGUUGUGUAAGCUGCUUAUACUAAUAUUUGAUAUCCUAAUGCACUGUCCAGAGGAAUGUUAUACUUUUUGUUUAACUGUAGCAGUCAAGUACACUUAUAUUCAUGGUAUUUUGGCUCUUUUUCUGUUUUAUUUAACAUUUUAGAACAGGUGUAUCACAUACAAAUGAACACUUGUGGCAAAGACUGUGGAUUUGGCUGUUUGAAAGCUUGGGAAUCUAUAUAAACAUAUUGGUACAAUUGUCCAAUGUACUAAAUCCACACGAAUUUAUCAUACAUUUUCUUAAUCAGACAGAUAUGCACAAAAUAUUUUGUAUUUUUUUUAGAUAAAUAAAGAUAGAGAGUACAUAUGCCUACUUAUUAUAACUGCAUACACAUACGUAUGAAAUAUUGCCUUAAUGUUUAUACAGUACGUCUGCAGCUGGCAACAGCAGGACUAAAACCAUCUGAAAAUUUACAAAAGGGAAACUGCAGCUUUAACAACUAUUGCUGGCAGUGCUCCCUCCUCCUUGGUCUUUGGAUUAGUCAUUGUCUGAAGGGAAAAAAAACACUUUUUUGUAGGAGAAGUAAAGUAAACAGCCUCCAACAAGCGAACCUUGACAACCCAGAUUAAGGAAAACAUUGGAGAUCAAACAGUGCUGCUGCUGGGCUGUUGUCAUGAGCUGCCUGAGAGAGAGCUGCAGACUAUUUGAACAGGCACUGGGGUUUGUGUGCUCACUUAUGCAGAAAUGGACCUUCGCAAAUGCUGACCUAGGUUUUAAAACACAGGAUGAACUUUCUUUGCAACUUUUCCAGGCCUGCUGUUUGACACAGCUAUUACAUAGAGACACUCAGCCUUCUGCCGUUUCUGAUGGGAACAACCCAACAUCGUCCCCCGCGUCUGCUUCUAGAAACAAGAAUGACUGUACUUCGUCUGCUGCAUGCUACCACUGAAUAAAUUGAGUUGGGGGGGAGGUGAUGGGUUGGGGUAUGAAGCUUGAAAUUUGAGAAAGACCAGCUGCAUGCAUUGUAAUGACGCAAGAUCCUUAAUGCACCAAUCUGUGAUUUUGUAUUGUUUGGAAAGCCCUUGUUUCUAGUUUGGCCUCUUCAGGCUUGGGCUAAGGCUCUUCUUUGUGGAGAGCUGAGGUUCAACUGGUAAGAAAGUAAUCAGUCACUCAUGCAUUCAGUGUGAGGACUCCCAUCCCUGAGUGGAGCGGUCCUCUCUUUCAUCUGACGGCUCAGUAUUUGUGAACACACAUUCAAAUACCCUGCGCUGGGUACAGAGGGGCUGUAAACUGACUGUGCACCCUCGCUUGCAGCUGAAUGAUAAGGAGAGUUAUUUUCGGUCCAGUGUGGGAAUAAGGUUCUGCAUUUGCUAUAUUGUCUCUUUCAGAUUUAUUUGCCGGCUUUACCCUUCAUUUGAUUUCAGAUACAAGACGCCCUCAAACCAGUUGCUUGAAACAGUUUUUUUUGCACAAAGCAAGACAAGUGACAGAUGAAUAAAGGGAAUUUUCUGGUAGAUGAAUUUGUCAUGUGAUUUUUGCACGUUUGAUUCGCACAGCACAAAGGGGGAAGAGUACCGGCAAUAUGAAUACAAGUGCAGCACGCUCAUUAGUGCUGUAUUACAUGAAUGGAAGUGAUAACAAAGGAAAGCAGAACAAUAUUUCCAGGGUAAAGGUUAGUGUGUCCCGGCUCCUGUGGUGUGCCCAGGCAGACGGUUCUCCAUGCCAGGGAAGGCGAUUGGUCAGAGAGUGGACAGCUUCAGGUGAGCUCUCUGCAGCUCCUCAGUCUCUAUGGAGACUGCAAAAUGCUCAGGAUGGCCAUUAACUCAUGCAACCAUUAAUUACUGUCUUCUACUGUCAUCUGUCCUUAAUAAAGGGAGCGAUGCUGACAAAAAAUGUCAUCUGCUUGCAUGGGAAGAGAGGGAGCAUGCAAUUACAAUCAAUUAACUUGAGUUACAAAAUGAAUUUGCCACUGGUGUUGUGUUUUAUGAAUACAGUGCAACUCUGGAACACGGCUUGUUCCUUGUUGGACAAUAUCAAAGUGUGUUUUAUCUGAUCAGUUUUGUCUCUUGAGAUGGUGCAAUAAAUUAGCCAUUGUGUUGGUUUCAGAUAAAGGUAGUUGUGUUGUUAUAAUAUGCAGUUGAAUUGGGUUAGAUGGUAGAAGCCUCUACCAUACUGCUACUUUUGUACAAUAAACCAAAAGGCUGUGGUACCAGUUAUGAAAGUGAUUACACUUUUCAAUAGCAAAUUUAUUGUUAAAAAAGGCCUAAUGAUAUAUGUUACAUUAUCAUAUUUCGUGUCAGAUUUUCAAGGUAAAAUGUGUUUCAUCUGUUACUUCGCAACGGGAAGAUGUGCUGCAGAUGGGCUCUUAAGACAAUGAGAGAAAAAUUAAAGGUGGAAUGGCAGUGUACUAGGGUAUUUUUAUUUAUUUAUUUUUGGUUAAUCAAAAUUAUCAAAAGUUAGCUAGUUUAGAAUAUUUCUUAAUGUCUUGACAUUGUGAUGAUUUAUCACUGAAAGAUUGCAUUGAAAAAGUGCAAUUUAUUUUUUUCCUGUCUCUUUCUUUUUUCAGUCCAUCCAAACUGUUAGCAUGUACGCAAUUUAAUCAUUGUAUUUUUAUUCAUACCACCCCCUUUUUCACUUUAAAUGGUCCUCUUUGCAUAUAAAAUAGCACAAAAUCCCUUUCAUAUCACAGCACUAGUCUGUUUUGGGAAGGAUACAGGUAAGCUGCAAACAUUUUCGUCCAGACAUGAGGGGCUCAGACAUAUGCUACAAGCUGUGCUCAGCUGCCAGGCGAAACCUCAGCACCUGUUUCUAUCAGCUGUCCAGUCUGUGUGUGUUUGUGAUGUUGCUUGGAUGGGCUGAUAGAUGCUGCUUUGGUUUUAAGGAAAAAUUCUAUCAAAUAUGCAGCGAUUAAUAUUUACACUGAAAAGUUGAUCUAACCUGAGGCACUCACAUGCUGUUUUGUUUGUCAUUCCAGGGCAACAUGGAAAGGAAGUGAAGUUGGCCAGCUUUGAGAACAAUCUAAAGCUGCUAGUGAAAGCUGGUUACGUCAGAACUACUGUAAGCUGAAUUCUGAUUGGAGGAAUGGAGUGCCAGUCAGCUGUGCACCAGUGAUCAGGCCAGGAGACUCCAGUGGUGACAUCCUGUGGAGCCAGAGAUCAAAGGCGAGGAGGCCGUUUUACCACCGCUGGAACUGAAGAUUGCUUUAAAUAAGCAAGUUCGUGCAGAAGGUUUUUAAGUCAUGAUGCAAGAAUCUGGGACGGAGGCCACGAGCAACGGACCAGCCAAUCAAAAUGGAGGAACAAGCGUGGAGGGUGUACCCAGGGAGGGACGACCCAAAAGUGCCACGCCAUCAGUGGAGGUGACUGCAGUGGACCUCCUGCAUCUCCAGCAGCACCAGGCUCUUCAAGUGGCUCGUCAAAUACUUCUCCAGCAGCAACAGCAGCAGCAGCAGCAGCAGCAGGAGCAGCAGCCCCUGUCUCAGCAACUGCAGUCUCAACAAAACACUGGCCGCAAAUCCCCCAAAGCCAGCGACAAGCAGCAAAGCCUACAGGUUCCAGUGUCAGUGGCUAUGAUGACACCUCAAGUGAUAACUCCACAGCAGAUGCAGCAGAUCCUUCAGCAGCAAGUCCUGAGCCCUCAGCAGCUCCAGGUUCUUCUCCAGCAGCAACAGGCCCUCAUGUUACAGCAGCAGCAACUCCAAGAAUUCUACAAAAAGCAGCAGGAACAGCUCCACCUCCAGCUCCUACAGCAGCAGCAGCAACAGCAGCAACAUGCAGGCAGCAAGCAGAGUAAAGAGCAGGUGUCAGCACAGCAGUUGGCCUUCCAGCAGCAGCUCCUGCAGGUCCAGCAGGUCCAGCAGCAGCACCUGCUCAACCUUCAGAGGCAAGGGCUGCUCACCAUCCAGCCCGGACAGACCGGCCUGCCGCUGCACUCCCUCACUCAGGGCAUGAUUCCAACAGAGCUGCAACAACUGUGGAAAGAGGUGACAAAUGCUCACGUGAAGGAGGAGCACAACAAUAGCAGCAACAACGGCCACCGGGGCCUUGACCUGUCCUCCCCGGCACCGCCAAAGAACCCACUCCUCAACCAGCAUGCCUCCACCAACGGGCAGUUCAUGAGUCACAAGAGAGAAGGAUCCACGCUAGAAGAACCUUCCCCCCAUAGUCACCCCCUCUAUGGCCACGGUGUUUGCAAAUGGCCAGGAUGUGAGGCAGUGUUUGAUGAUUUCCAUUCAUUCCUCAAGCAUCUUAACAAUGAGCAUGCCCUGGAUGACAGGAGCACGGCCCAGUGUCGAGUGCAAAUGCAGGUCGUACAACAGCUGGAACUGCAGUUAGCAAAAGACAAAGAGCGUCUGCAAGCGAUGAUGACGCACCUUCAUGUCAAGUCCACGGAGCCCAAAGCCACCCCACAGCCGCUCAACCUAGUGUCCAACGUCACGUUGUCCAAGUCGGCCCCCGAGGCGUCUCCUCCUCUGAGCCUUCCCCAGACCCCCACCACACCCACAGCACCCCUCACACCCCUGUCCCAGGCCCACUCUGUCAUCACAGCCAACAGUCUCCACAGUGUGGGCCCUAUGCGACGGCGCUAUUCAGAAAAGUACAACAUGCCCAUCUCUCCAGAUCUCAGUCAGAACAAAGAGUUUUACAUGAAUGCAGAUGUUAGACCGCCAUUCACAUAUGCCUCACUAAUAAGACAGGCAAUCCUCGAAUCUCCAGAAAAGCAGCUAACACUAAACGAAAUCUACAACUGGUUCACACGAAUGUUUGCAUAUUUUAGGCGCAAUGCAGCAACAUGGAAGGGUGCCAUUCGCACCAACCUUUCCCUGCAUAAGUGCUUUGUGAGAGUAGAGGAUGAGUUUGGGUCCUUUUGGACUGUUGAUGAUGAGGAGUUUAAGCGCGGCCGCCACAUACAGCGAGGCCGCCCUCGGAAAUACACCGCUGAUGAGAACUUUGAUGAGCUGCUCGUACAAAGUCCAGCCUUAGUGAAGAACAUUCAGACCAGCUUGGGCUAUGGUCCGACCCUCUCUGCUGCCUUCCAGGCUUCAAUGGCAGAAAACAACAUACCUCUAUACACUACUGCUUCCAUUGGAAGUCCCACCCACAACUUCCUGGCCAACGCUAUCCGCGAGGAGAUGAAUGGAGCGAUGGACCAUGGAAACAGCAACGGCAGUGACAGCAGCCCGGGACGCUCGCCUCUGCCAGCUAUGCAUCACAUCAGCGUUAAGGAGGAACCACUGGACCCUGAAGACCAUGAAGGGCCCCUCUCCCUGGUAACGACUGCCAAUCACAGUCCGGAUUUCGAUCACCACAGAGAUUAUGACGACGACCAGGGCCACGACGACAUGCUGUAAGGCUCAGCGCCGCCCCUCCCCAGCCUCAGCGGCCGAGGCAGUCUGGGUCAUCUGGGAGAUGGAAACGCUCCGCAGAUAACAAACACUGAACUGCAGUCUCAGCCACUGAUGACAGCUCUCAAAUGUCUCCAAGUUGACUUUUUAGUGCCAUUACAAUACAUAGCAAGAACACACACACACACACAAAAAAAAAACACAGAUUACGCCCCACACGAGGGUUCCUUUUCUUUCCUGAUUUCUUUCUACGUUUGAUUUAAGUAACGCUUUAAAAGUGAAAACAAACUUCCUUUCUACUGUUGGAUGGACUUGUUUGGUACGGGGGGCGACAUGUUUCAGAGUCUGGGAGACCCUCGACCUGCAGCCGGGAUGGACUGCACUCAGCGGACUGCAAGAGGGGUUAUGUCUCUCCCCCAAUCCUCCCCCACUCUCUCUCCCCCCUCCCUCUCUCAGACACACACAUCUGACCAUAAAGUGAAGAGAGAGGGAGAAUGACUGACAUUUAAUUUACACCGUGUGUGUGUGUGUGUGUGUGUGUUUGUGUGUGAGGGAGAGAGAGUGCGGACUUCUGUUCAUUGUCACUGCCUUCAACACUUCUCAUUGGUUUGAUUCCAUCUCGGAUGGGAGGGAUGUUAUUUUUCUGGGUGUACUUUUUUUUGUUGUUGGGGGGGUGAAAAGUUCUAAAUAUCAACAUAAUGUGUCUUCUCCAUCAUUCAAUGCUGUUAUUGAUGUUGCAUCUUUUUUUUUUCAUUGUUUUUUCUUCAAACUGAUCAGACCUCAUGCCCAUGCUGUGGAGAUUCUGUGUGGUCAGCACUUGAUGAUGAAUGUUUAUGAUUUCCUUUCAUGUUGUUCUUUUUUAAACAGACGAAGCACGAAGCAGAAUGUCAGAUACCAAGUAGUAUUUUUCUGUCAUUUAUUCCACAAUCUUCCAAAAAAGAAAAGGGGGGGAAAAAAAGUCACCGCUCUGAUGUGUAGCCCACCCCUCACCCCCUACUCCCCCCCCUCCUGCUCAUGAAGUCCAUUGGCAAUGCACUACUCAUAAUGAAGGCUCUCUCCACGCAUCAAUGAAGUUUAAUUUAAGAUGCGAAUGAAUGACAGAGAAAUCAUGCAGGUUAUGAUUUAUCCUUAUGAAAUUAUACUUUAAAACAGCCCCUCACGGCAGAGCAUGCUGAGCUGCAACAGAAUUUCUGAUCACUUACAAGCUCCGGGUUUUUUAAAGCAAAAUGAAAAUGUCAGGUGUGCACCGGCGAGAUAAUGAUUUAGACCAACUAAUUGUGAUUCCUGAACACAACUGUCAUUGUUAAUCAAACGUGUCUGCUUUUUCCACGCUGUAAUUCCAUUCAGUGCUUGAAGAUAAACGUGCAUUCCCUGUAGUUUUAUUUGUAUCACGCGCAUGACUACUUUUAAGUUUUGAGUGUUAAUAAUUGCACACCGGAUGAAAUGCUCGUUUUCUUUCAUCAGGGGAACAAUCCCGAGACCUGCAAUAAGACCUAAACAUUGCACAUUCCAGCAUUUGACAGCCAUCGUAAAGGGCCCAAACAUCCAGUACAUGCCAUUUAGGGAAUGUGGAUACCUCGAUGUUCAAUGCCACCCAAAAAGCCAAUAGUUGUAGUCCACAACAUUGAACUGAGUGGAAUCCACGUGUGAUUUUGUGAUGCAAAUAAAGAAAAAAAAAUUCCAGCUAUAAUAAGGAGUUAAAUUUUAGAGACCAUGAAUUUCAAGACUGCAAUCAACCACUUUUAUUUUUUUAAUUUAUUAUUAGUUUUAUUAUUAUUUUGUUUGGCUUAUUCUUUUUUUUUGUUUUUUUUUAGUUGUUGAUGUGUUUUAAUAUCUUGUUCUGUGACUACCAAAGAUAAACUACAAAGUCAAUGUUGUGUGUUCCAUGCAAUAGCAGAUAAGGCCAAAUAUCUCUCCUGCAUUCUCUCCCACCGGGCGAUCUCGGCAGCGGUGAUCGCGCUGGUGGCAGAUUGAUUUUGAAGGAAAACGCUCCUCAAACUGGUGUUUUCAUUCAUUUUUUUAAUUUUUCUUUUUUUUUUCAAUUUUUUUUUUAAUAAAAACCAAAGUGGGUGUCUCGGACAGGACAGCUGCGGUAAUGUCUUGCAGUGACCAAAACUGAAUGGGAGGCGCUGACAGUCUGACUACAUGAUGACCAAAUUAGGGAAACUUUUUUUUGUCAUUGGGGCCAGUGAGUGGAAAAGGGAGCUUUUUGGUCAGGAGUAGAUUUUGUGUGCAACGUAAAGGGUAUGUAGAUAAAGUCGACAAAGAAAACUAUACUGGGAAAUAGAAAAAGCUUUGCAGAGAACAAUGUGAAAUGGAUUCUGUACUUCAACUGGACCACACAAUGAUUCAGUGUUUCUCUUCUUUUAUUCCUAAUCUAUUUGUAUCCUUUGAAAUGAUUGUAUGCCACUUUUUAGGGGUUUUAGGUUGUUUUUUUUUUGUUAAGAUUGGCAAGACUUUAUGAUUGUGUUUAGUUUCUGUCAACUUAUUACUUUUUAUAUUAAAAAACACUCCUGUCAACUAAUAAGCUGGGUACAAGGUACUUUAUGGCAGUUAUUGUUAUUAUUAUUUUUUUUUAAGUUCACCGCUCAUUAACUAAAAUGGAAAAGGGCAAUCUGUGGUUUCCAGAAGAUGUAUUUAAUAUCCAGGCAGCUGUGGGAUGGGUCAGUUACAGCCAGGCUAGGAUCGUGAGAACACGGCCGAGCUCAUCCACAAACCCCCAGUCAUCUGGCUGGUUUGUUUGGUAUUCAAAAAAGGAGGAAAAAAAGCGCUGGUAGAUUAGAUCAUUCUCAGCAUGUGUAGCUUGACAUUACUAAAGAUAACAGCAUGAGAAAAACGUUAGUACGCAUACCUCAGUUCAAACCUAUAGGGAAUGAUUCAAUUAAAUGAGAAAAAAUAAACAUUUCACUCAGUUGCACUUAGUUGUAUGUCUUGCAUGUGUAGUCUGAUACUGUAGAGAGAAAAAUAACAAAAAAAAAGAGGAAAAAAAUGAAAUUAGAGCUUGUUUAUCUGAAAGGUUUCAUCCUUUUUCUUUUUUUUUUGCCAGACCAAUCCAAACCUCAGGCCUUUUUGUUCAUGGAAAUAUCACCCAGCUGUGUGUGGCACCGCUCAUCCUGUCAAAGUCUGUCCUCCGUUGUACUGAUGGGUUGUUUUAAGGGCGUUCCAAUAUUAGGUUGUACAUACAUGUCGGUAUAGCCUUUGUCUUUCCCUGUCCUUUCCUCUCUCUCUCUCUCUCUCUCUCUCUCUCUCUCUCUGUGUCUCUUUUUUUUAAGAUCAAAAAAAUACAUUUGUGUUAUGAUGUUUGCUUUAUCGCGACUGCUUUGUAUUAACUAUGAAAUAGCUAUGAGAAAAACUGCUGUAUGUAUUGGAAUAGCAAACUGUGCUGCAAAUGUAUUUUACUUAGUAAUCCUUGCUUUAACACAAAAGAAGAAAAAAAGAAGAAAAAAAAACGAAGAAAAAAAAAUCACACCAUAAAUGCAGACGUCUGGGUGAGCUGGGCAGGGGCAGGCUGGGGGGGAGAUUAUCCCCGAUUUUGGAUUUUAAACUGUAAUAUAGAAAACAGACUUUUCUCUGUUAUCAUUGACCUAAGCAUUUUGUACAGAUUUUUUUUCCCUCUUUGUGUUAAGCUGUUUUUUGAUACUUCCUUUUGAUGGUCCAACCACUGCCUUCUGUGGCUGUAUGUUAAAGAUUACCUGCUCUGAGAGAAAGGGCAGACAGGUAUAUUUCCUCUACAAGACGGAGAUAUCUUGCAUGACUAAUCCCAGGGUCGCAGAGAUUUGGGAGGUGGGGGAGGGAGGGAGGGGGUGGUUUAAGUGGUCAGUAAUAAUAUAAGGGUGUAUCAAUCUAAUGAUAUUUUAUAUGAAAUUAAUAGGAAAAAGAAGAAAAAUAUGCAGUGCCAAGAUGUAAAGAAUAUUGUUAAAUGCUGUUUUUUUUUUUUUUUUGUUCUGUUUUGUUUGAGAAAUGCAUUUCACUCACGCAUCCAAGAUGUGUCCUUCUCAUCCAUGUCACGUAGGUUAAAGACACGUUUUGUUCGGCAUCCAGAUAUUUAUAUUUUUAUCUCAAGUGGUCGUUGUAAAUGAGUCAAACCAAGCACAGCAGGCAGGUCAAAGGUUAGAUGCUGCUGGACACUCGGAGCGUAACGCCGGCCGUGCGGCAUCAGAUCCCCCGAAUAUCGCGCACAUACACUGGCAACCCGAGCUAAAAUGCCAUUGUUUCAUCCAUCACCAACCAUCCAGCCCGCUGUCAUUCCGUCCCCCCUUUCUCUCUCUCCCUCUCUCUCCCCCCUUAUACUCUCACAUCACACUUUGUUUCUUUCCAGAUGGAGGGGGAGGGAGGGAGGAAGAGGGGAGGGAGGUUGCAGCCCAGGAGCUGUCACGGUGCUCUCAUCCCGCAGCAGCUUUUCUUUUCCUUUCUUGUCUUUUUUUUUCUUCCUUUUUCUUUGAAGAUGUACUCUGUAGGGUUUUUUUUUUUUCAUUUUUUUUAGAGAGAAAUAUUAUUGCUCAUCACUUCCAUCAGUCUGUAACCUCCUCAUCAUUCCUCGUCUGUCUGAUGCAGACCACUCUGUUGUAGUCAGUGGCGAUGACUGACGUGAGCAUUCUAAACAUGCAAUAAAAUGCUGGUUGUUCA